CGGGCUCGAGCGGAAGCGAGCAGCAGCCAGGGUGGGCUAGGCCCAGGAGGACCAGGCAGGAUGCUGGGGAGGAACUGGUGGGGGCCAGUCACGGGAUUCCCCAGCCAGCGUCUCGGAAUGGGGAGCGCCUCUCCUAGCCCCCAGGGUCUCCCCCUCCGCUUGUUGCUGUUCUUCCCCCUGCUGAGAGUGCUGAGUGCAGGGACCCCGUCCUUGUUCUACCAGCUCACAGCGGUGGCGGCCGCCCCCCAGGGGACGCCCAGCUUCUGGGCCUCGGGAUGGCUGGGACCCCAGCUCUUCCUGACCUACAGCUCAGGGGGCAACGCCGAGCCCUGGGGGGCCUGGCGCUGGGAGCACCAGGAAGCCUGGUUUUGGGAGAAGGAGACGUGGUACCUGAAGACCCAAGAGCGGCUGCUGCAGGAAGCCUUGAGGCUCUCCAAGGGGGCCCAGACUUUUCAGGGCUUGGUGGGCUGCCAGCUGAACCCCAACAACUCAGCUUAUCCCACUUCUCGAUUCGCCCUGGAUGGGAUGGACUUCCUGACCUUUGAUCCCGUGGCCAGAGAUUGGUUGGGCAAUGGCGAGGGGGCCCAGAUCGUGAGGAGACACUGGGCCAACGAGACCCAGCGGGCCGAGAAGGAGGCCCAGUUCCUGCUCACCACCUGCCCUGAGAAGCUCCAAAGCCACCUGCAGAAUGGCAAGAACAAUUUCCAGUGGAAAGAGGCCCCCGAGGUGCGAGUUGGAGGCCAUGCGGGGCCAGGGGACGCCCAGUCCACCCUCACUUGCCAGGCCUUCUCCUUCUUCCCACCCGAAGUGAAGUUGAGCUUCUUGCGGGAUGGAAAGCCGGUGCCCGGGCCUGAGAAGGGAGUGGAGCCGUGGCCGGAGGGGGAUGGCGCCUUCCACUCCCAGGCCACUCUGCUCGUCCCCCGGGGGGAUGAGGCCCAAUACAGCUGCGAGGUCCAGCACCCGGCCCUGGCCGCCCCCCUCACUGUGCGCUUCGAGGCAUCAGGCCUGUCCCUGGCCCUCAUAGGCAGCCUCGUGGCGGCCUGCUUGCUCCUCUUGCUGGCCGGAGCGGCCGUGGUGGCCCAAGUGAUGUGGAAGAAGAGAGGAAGGCCAGCACCGUGGAUUUUCCGGGGGCGUGCAGGAGACGAUGUGGGGGCCCUGCUCUCAGCCCCAGGGCCUCUCCAGGACUCCAGCCCCUCCUAAGAUCCAGGCGCCCAACGCUGCUCUAGCUGGUGGCUGCGUGACCUCAGGACACUGUCUCCCACCCCCCUUUCCUUGGCCCAUUCCAGGCAGCCCUCCUGGAUUUCACUCUGACAGUAUAGAAAUGUUUGUGUACUCCUCUGUCCCUGGCCGCAAACAAAACAAGAUGUUGGGUCCAGA